CUAUGCAACAGCAUGUGUUUUUCUUUUCACAGUAAUGAUGAAUGUUUCCUUGAGAAUUACAUAUUUCUCAACACAUAACACCAGGAAACAGUCAUUUUUAUAAAUAAGACUUUGGCUCUUAUGAGAUAGUGUCAGUAGUAGAAGAAUUGAAUCUAUUUUUCUGUUUUUAACAACUCGUUGGGACUUUGAACAAAAAGGUAAAGCUUGGGACUUUGAACAAAAAGGUAAGGCCGAAACUCGGAGACAAAAAAGCGAGUCCGCUCGAUUAAUUUCACAGAUGCGGAAGAAGAAUUGCUGCUGAGAUUAGCAUUGAAUAGAAAAAACGUAAUUGAAUGCAAGGUCAGCGAAGUUAAAAGGAACGACGAUAAAGUUCGCAUGUGGGAGGAAAUCACUAGAGAGUUCAAUACGAGCUGCCUCAAUACGGUGAGAACGCUGACAGUACUCAAAAAGAAAUAUGAAAAUAUAAAAAAGAACAUCCGUCAGGCGGUUUCAAAGGAGACAUUAUCGCGUAGAGCCACUGGUGGCGGUCGAGGCCCUGAAGAAUGGCGGCCAAAAUCAGAAGCGAUGGCUGAGCUACGAGAAGUAAUCGCGUUGUCUGUCGAUGGACUUCAAUCUCUUUGCGACGAUGAUGAUGAUGAAGAAACCGUUGCUGCUGCGCCAAAAGAAUCCACAACAUUGAUUGAGCCCGAGAUAGAUUCUCAGAUAGAGCCUCAUGCUGAAGUGGAAGCAGCAACGAGCGAUGGUUAUGAGGUUGAAUAUCUAGAUGACGAUUCUAGAUCUGCUAUCAACAAUGAGGUUGCAUGUGAUAAAGUGAUCGAAAGUGAUCACAUUGAAGGAUCAACCGGUGAUGAUCGAGAUCAACUAGCGAGUCCCAGCAAAAGUACGAGUUCUGUCCCAAAAUCUGGUGAUACAUGGGACAAAUACAGCCCCGCUAUGCUCAAACGGCCGAAAAGUAAUCUCCUUCAGGCAAAAUCGAAGCGCCAGAAGACCAUUGAGCAGGACCUUAAAAAGAAAAUUUUAGAACGCAAUGAAGAGAUGAUGGAGGAGGUUCAUCGUCUCGAUGUCCAAAAACGAAGAACUGAAUUGGAAUCGGCUCACAUCAAUCUUCAAACCGACAAAAUAAAGCUACAAAUGGAGCAGCUUCGCAUAUGAGGGAGGAGCAUGCGCUUCGGAUUAAAUUGUUGAACAAUUCCAUCGGAAAUAAUACGGAAACAACCACGAACAGUUCUGGUUCAAUAAGUGACUGAAUCAGGUAUAUACCUACUAAUAAUAAACGAUGACAACAAUUAAAGUUUGAUGUAUAUGAAUAUAAACACAAGUCUUUUAUUUACGUAAGAUCCUUUUACAGUUGAGCAAAAUAGUUUUGAACCAAGUGAUCGCGAACACAACCUGCAUCAUUUAUCUCUGUGUUUGAAGCGUUCGGAACCACUGUUGCAGCUAACAUUUCUUCAAAUCCUUCUAUCUCUGGUGGUGGAACCUCCUCUUUGGCAUCGAUUGCUAUAUUAUGUAACACUGCACAUGCAACAAUUAUUAGCUGUACUGUAGAAAUUAUCACACGCAUUCCCAAAGAAAGUACUGGAAAUCGUCGCUUCCAAACACCAUAUGAUCGCUCCACAACAUUACGAGUACGGAUUUGACUUUCGUUAUACAAAUUUUCGGCUGCGGUUUCACAUCUAAGAAACGGUGUUGCCAGAUAUUUUGUAUUACGAUACCCGGAAUCGCCUACGAUUAUAAAGUGUCCAUAAUCUCCUCGCUCAAGCUGCAUCUUCAGUGAAGAGUUAUUAAAGAUGUGUUGGUCGUGGGAUGCUCCAGGCCACCUUGCGACAAUAUUCAAAAUUUUCAAAUUUGCAGAGCUGACUGUUUGCACGUUUAUCGAAAACCAUGAUUUUCGAUUUCUGUAGUUUUCGGCAUGAUCACCACCAGGUGAUUGUAUUUUGACGUGCGUACAAUCAAUUGAAGCAAUUGUUCGAGGAAAUUUUGCGAUUGAGUAAAACUCACGACUUGCUGCAUGUAGUUCAUGCUGCGUUUUCGGCAUCUUGAUAAACCGCGACCAUAAUUGAGCUAACGCAAAAGAUACACGACGAAUGAUACGACACACAGAAGAAAUGCAAAUACCAGCAAAAUCAGCGACGGCUAUCUGCACCGACCCUAGUGCGUAGAAUCGAAGAGCCACCAAUAAUUGUACUAAUGGCUGAAUAUAACGCGAUCUGCAAAACAUAGAUACAAAGGAUGUAAGAAUUAUAUCUUUCAGAUACGCUGCAAUACAGGUUAUAUUUUCUACCUUGUCUCAUCGAUUUCUAAAGAAGGUUGUAUGAUAUCCAGUAUCAUCCUGACCGUACUCUUCUGAAGACGAAAUCUCAUAAAGAAAUCCAGAUCGUCCCAAUUAUCAAUAUUUAUUCGAACACGCAUUUUAUAUUGACGACGUGCUAAUAGUAAUUCGCCGUAUUGUUCACUAUUUUCUUCAUCAUCAUCUAAAAAUCUCCAAUAAUAUGUAUCCCAAACACAAUUACGAUAACAAGACAUUUUGUAUAAAAUCGUUUUUAAUACUAGUUGAAUGGCUGAAAAAAUAUCUGCUACUACUACCAAAGCACAACAGUGAAGAAAAGCAAAAACUGAAAAUCGACCGCUUAACGGCGUUAAGCGGUCAUAGACCACCGCUUAAGAUAAGCGACGCUUAGCCUAAGCCAGGCUUUAUUAAACCCUGGCUUAGCCGUUAAGCGGAGGUGAAGAAAUGGGAAAAAAGUUAAGCGAGGCUUAACUUGCCGUUAAGCCUCGCUUAAAUCUUAAGCGGAGGUGAAGAAAAUGUUCCUUAGGGAAAAAUAAUCAGGCAUAUGUUUUACGACAGGCGUAAACAUGCGCAAAGCGCACUAAUUUGUUUAGGUCCCGUCCUCUUCGGCGCACCAAAGAUAAGCGCGAAUGACGGGAGAAGCAUAGGACCGCAAACAAGUGGAAAAGGUUCCAUGCGGUAAAUACAGAUAACCGAUAUGUUUCGGUUAUCUGAAUAGGAAACAGCUGGGAAAAAAUCCCACGCUGAGAAAUUCGGAGGCAGAUAACCACGUGGUUGGUUAUCUGUGAGAAUAGGAAAGGGUGAUUGUUCUCUCCCUUAAAAAACAUGUAUAUAUAGUUUAAGUGAGGAAGAAGUAAGUCAGUUCAAUUUCAUAUUUCAAACUUUAAAGUUCAAUUUCAUAUUUCAAACUUUAAAGUUCAAUUUCAUAUUUCAAACCUUAAAGAUCAAUAUUCGAUUUCAUAGUUCAAUUUCUAAUUUUAACCGUUAAGUUUAAGGUUCAAUUCCAAAUUGUAAGGUACAAGUAAACUAAUUAACAACGUAAACUGUGCUCUCGUGAAUCAAAAUCCGAAACCACCCACCAGCGUUGGCAACUAGGCGCCACGCAUCCAAGGCCAGAGCUCCUAACAAGGAAGGAGCUCAAAAUUAAAGGUAUAACCAAAACAUACCCAAAUUUUCCCAUCCGAAAGUAGUUACGAGUUUCACUCGGACGGACCAAUCUGAAGCCGUCUGAUUCUGAAACGUAUUCGUGAUUACGGGAAUUUUGGAAGGGGCUUAGCCAGUAAGAGACAAAAAACAAGUCCAGGGAAAUAGGUUCCCUGGCUUAGCAAAGAUUUGACUCCCGUGAUUCUUAGGCCUCAAUUGCCGACAUCUAGGGAAAUAAGUUCCCUAGAUUAAUCACGAAGCGCUCGAGAGAGGACGAGCGAAAAGUCUUGCCUUCAUAGCAAGCAUCUAGGGAAUUUCGAUUCCUUAGAUUAUACCCGGCUCUUGCCCAAUCACGGUUAUUACAACAUCGAGAAUGUUGUUUGAUCGUGCGAGUUGUAUCUUGCAGCCAGAUUAAAUUUAGAAAAGCUUCUUUCGGGACCGAGGAAAACAACCCAAUCUACUUAUGUUCAUGAUGAAAAUAUGUCACCCUACUAACCUCGAGUCCGCGAGUAAUCGGUUCCCCACCCUAUUAACCGUGGGAUAAGUAAAAAUGUAAAUAUGCAAUAGAAUUAAAAAUAGUAUUAAAAUCAUGGCUCCUUUUUUGUUUAUUUUGUUUAUUUUGUUCUGGCAUCAACAGACUACAGUGGUCCAAAUGAUACAAUUAUCUAACUCUAAUUAAUUCUAAAAACCGUUGUUUCAAUGUAACACGCGAAAUGUUAAAAUCAAACGCCGUAGAAACUGUGUUGAAUGCACGCUGAAGGCUUGCUAUUGCUGUGUACAUGCCAUAAUUCGUUCGCCGAAGUAUGGUCCGCAGAAAAGGAACUCUCCGCAACCGUCGAGGUGGUACGUUGAGAUUUAGGUGGCUUAAAAUUUCUGGAGAAUCGACGCGACCAGUGAGUGUAUCCGCUACAAACAAAGACUUAGCUAGCUUUCUUCUGCAGUGCAGUGAAUCCAGAUGGAUCAACAAGCAUCGGGUUUCGUAACUAGGGAGCUGAUGAGGAUUACGCCACGGAAGCAGGCGAAGUGCGUACCGAAUGAAUCUUCUCUGAACGGAAUCGAUUCUCGUAAUGCCAGUUUGAUAGUGCGGAUUCCAAACGAUACUGCAGCAUUCCAGAACAGGCCGAACUAGAGCGCAAUACAGGGAUUUGAGACAAUGUACGUCCGUGAAAGUUUUUGAAACCCGCAUAAUGAAUCCCAAGUUUCUAGAUGCUUUAUCUACAACAUACGAUACAUGUUCUUUGUACGACAGUCUCGAAUCCAGUAUCACUCCAAGAUCUUUGAUCUUCAUAACUCGUGGAAUGGGAACACCAGAGAGAACGUAUUCGAACGUGAUCGGUUCUUUUUUCCUAGAGAAGGAUAUCGUGGAACAUUUUAAUGGAUUUAUAACCAUACAGUUCGUGGCGCACCAUUCGGCUACAAUAUCCAGUUGUCGUUGAAGAAACCAGCAGUCGGCUACAGAACUAAUACGGCAAUAGAUUUUUAAAUCAUCCGCAAACGAAACGCGAGGUCCUUCUAAUACCAAGCAAAUGUCGUUGAAGUAGAUUAGAAAGAUCAGGGGUCCGAGGUGGCUUCCUUGAGGAAUACCGGAAGCUGCAGAAAAAAUGUUGGA